AUGGAGGACAGGAAGCGCCUUGCUUAUUCUAUCAUUCGGUUCCUGCAUGAACAAGUGAAACAUGGAGGCCUCUCUUCUGAUGCGCAGGAGAGUUUGGAAGCUUCAAUCCAGUGCCUGGAGACAGCUUUUGAGGUGACUGUUGAAGACAGACAUCUAGCUGUAUCCCAAACUCUGCCAGAAAUAUUUGAAGCUGCUAUAGAAAGAGAAGAGAUGCCCAACAUACGCAGGAAUUCUGAGCCUUUCAUCGAUAGAGAGACACCUGAAGCUGAGAGAUUCAAAAGGAAAGGAAAUGAACAAAUGAAAAAGGAAAACUUUGAAGAAGCAGUCUCUUUCUAUGGAAAAGCAAUUGAAUUAAAUCCGACCAAUGCAGUGUAUUUUUGCAACAGAGCUGCGGCCUACAGCAAAAUUGGAGAUUAUGCAGGUGCUAUGAGAGACUGUGAAAGAGCCAUUGGCAUAGACCCUUACUACAGCAAAGCCUAUGGCAGAAUGGGUUUAGCACUUUUAAGUUUAAACAAGUACAAGGAGGCUGUGGGCUACUAUAAGAAGGCCCUGGAGCUGGACCCAGACAAUGACAUGUACAAAACAAACUUCAAGUUAGCUCAAAAGAAAAUGAAAGAAACAUCCGAUGUUACAGAAAACACUGGAGGCAUUGACCUAGCUGGCUUACUGAAUAACCCAAGUUUGAGGAAUAUGGCAUCAAACCUCAUGAAUAAUCCUCAAGUACAGCAAGUUGUGUCUGGGGUGGCAUCAAGUAUCCAAAAUCAUUCUGGAGCUGCCAGAGGCAACCGGUCUCCAAAUAACCUCUCCAACCUCAUCCAAGCAGGCCAACACUUUGCUCAGCAGCUACAGCAACAAAAUCCAGAGUUGAUAGAACAGCUCAAAAACCAGAUUAGGAGUCGGUCCUCCAGAACCAGCAGUGAUGAUCAGAAGGAAUGA